UGUAAAAAUUGUUGCUUCAAUUCCGGACUAAACAACACGGAUUACUGCUAAAAAUUCCUAUGCUUUCAAGAAUAAGGUGAAACACUGGAUGAUUUUCAAAAUAUACAAUGGAUUUUCGUUCUCUACAUCAAGUUUUUUUCAUCAUGAUUCUUUUAUCCCAACUACAGAACUGUUUCACUUAUGCAUUUGAUUAUGAUGACGAUAAUGAUAGUUCGAGCCGCUGUCCUUGGAUUCGAAAUAAAUUAAAGAACGGAAGAGUCAAAAUACGAUCUAGAGGCAGGAUAGCAAAGUUUUUGUGUGACCCCGGAUAUGAACUUGCUGGAAAGCGGUUUGCAACUUGCGUGAGGGGUCAAUGGAACAAUCCAAUUCCAAUUUGUGUUGCUCGUGGAUGUCCUAAACUUCCAGAACCUGCCAACGGUAGAGUCAGUGAAAUGUACCGAGGAGCUCUGCUCAUAUAUGACUGUUUACCAGGAUAUGUGUUAGAUGGUGAUAUGUCCGUUUUUUGCGAUGGAAGAAGAUGGAAUGCAAGCCUUCCAGCCUGCGUUGUUGCCAAAGAAAAUCCCAGUAUGACUUGUGAUUUUGAGAGUCCUGAUUUAUGUGGCUGGAAUCAUGAUCCCACUCACGAUUUCGACUGGCAGAGAAACCAACAUUCUACACCUUCCGGUCACGUGGGAACAGGACCGUCAUUUGACCACACGUAUGGUGAAGGGAAAGGAGGUUUUUACUUAUAUAUCGAGGCAUCGUCUCCCCGCAAAGUGAAUGACACAUCAAGAAUAUUUUCUCCAGUAUUUCCGAUGGAUUACAGUGGUGGAUGCUUUUCCUUCUGGUAUCACAUGUAUGGAUCUACAACUGGAGGCCUAAGGGUCUAUAUAAGACCUGAGAGUUCUGUAUUUGACGAGGUGUCUCCAACAUGGGAGAAAUUUGGAGACCAAGGGAACCAGUGGCGAAUGGGGAACAUUUCAGUUCCAUACUAUGAUCAAAAUUUCCAAAUAGUAAUCGAGGGAAUCCGAGGAACAAGCUAUAUUGGAGACACAGCUAUUGAUGAUGUUAAUAUUUCUACUACUGGUUGUGAUAACAUUGCGAAUGGAACAGAGAACUCAAUUGAAGUAUCAGAGGAUUCGUGCCGAGGACGAUGCCUAGAGCAAGCAGACAUGACAGAAGCAGGAUGUGGUUGUGAUGAUAGUUGCAGCAUUACUGAUAACUGUUGCAGUGACUAUCAAUUAAUUUGCACAUCAGGAACCUCUUCAGUAAGUGACAAUCCCGAAGAACUUCCAGCUGGUGAUCUGUUACCUACAACCAGCAUGUUGUCAACCAUGUAUGACACAACCAAUAUGUUUUCAACCAUGGUAUCAUCAACAAUUAAACAAAAUUCAUUAGUAGAUGUUUCACCUGACAUUACGCAUUCUGAAAGCUCUGGGAUGCAUUUCACGUCUGAAACAGAAACUGUUACGCUACAUGAUAUCUCAUUACCUAUUCAAACUAAUAAUUCAUCACCUAUUCCCACUUUUAUCUCGUCACCUACUCCCACGAAUAGCUUAUCUCCCAUCUCCACUGAUGGCGAACUACCUGUAUCUACUAAUAGCGCAUUUAGUACCACUAGAUCAUCGCCUACUCCCCCUGAUAGCUCAUGGGGGAGUUAUGAUGGCUCAGCUCCUAUUCCCAGUGAAAGUUCGUCGCUUAUUCCCGUUAACAGCUCAUCGCCUAUUCUCACUGAUAGCUCAACAUUUAUUUCCAUCGAUGGUUCAACUAACGUAAGCACCAGCAAUUCAUUACCAUUUAGUAAAUAUAGUUCAUCAGUAAACACGGAUAAAUCCUCGGUUAUGAACACUGAUAGUUCCUCAGCUGUUGUCACAGACAUUUCAACUCCUAUUAGCUAUGAUAAUUCAUCAUCUAAAACAAUGCCAAUCGGUGCAAAAAGCAAUAUUUCAACAACUCAGUUUUUUACAACGCCAAAAAUGCUGCUUACUGAAACUAAAAACUCCACAGAUAAUUCUACGACAGCUUUCAUAGGCAGUACACAGUUAUGGAAAAACGCAACAAAUUCAGAUUUGUUGACAACGCUCAAAUCUAUAAGGAUUUCCUCUACAGUCAUACAAAGUACUUCAGAUGUACCUGAUGUUUUAUCAACUGUGAAGGCAAUUAAAUCUACGGAAUCUUCGGACAAUAUAAUUUUGACAUCUUCUGAAACAAGAAGAACAUAUAAUUUGAGACCAAGAACUAAGAAAACAACUGCAGCCGAAUGGAUUGAUGCAACUACGGUUUCAACAACGUUUUCAAAAUUAAAAGCUUCAGCAAUUACUAACAAGGAAACAGUAAUUUCAAAAUCCACGCCUCCUAUUAUCUAUCGUUAUACAUCGUCAUUGACUAACACAGCGGUUGACGCAACUGUGAGUUCACACUUGACAAGCGCAGAGACGUCUUCAGUGUCAUCACGUGAAACAAUAAUUGUUUUUCCGGUAUCCAACAUCCCUUCUACUCCACUGGAAAGCACAGUGGUUACUGAAAAAUAUAUAACUACAGUACCAUAUGCGUACAGUACGAAAACAACUUCUUCUUAUCCGGAACCAAUUGACAGCAGUGCUUCAAAAUCUGCAUCAACAUCUGCUAGUAGUGAUGCUAUAGUCACAAUUGUAUCUGUAACACUGGUAAUAGCUGUUGCGUUUGUUGGAGGAUGGACAUUUUUCGUUAGACGAAAAAGAGCUAAAAGACAAUCUAAACUAUCGGAUGAUUCAGAGCUAAGGUACUUACAAGCAAAUGAAAUUACAGAUUAUUAAUUGUGGAUGUACAUAGAACAAGCUGAACUGAUUUUUUAAGAAAUAAAAACCAUUUGAAAAAUAUCAAGGAUUUUAAAUCAAGCAGUUUUAUUUAAAGCACUACGUAAAAAUGUUAUUGUACAAAAAUACAAUAAGAUACGUGAACCAUAGGUGUCUAUAGUUAUGCUUUGAAGAUUUUCGUAACUUAUUGUUUAUGUGUAACUGAUUUUUUUAAUGUUAAAUUUAGCACUUGUCUGUAUUACACAUUAACGGCACUUUUGUUCUGCAAAUAUUUUAACUAUUUUUAACUGACUAAAAUAAGAAGGAGUUUAUCAGUUCAUACGGUAUGUAUACAUAUUUUUGUUUGUUAAUUAGCUCACCGGUUUGCAAAUAUUGAACCCGAUUUUGAUGAUAGGGAAUGAUUUAACUUCGGUCCCAUUUCUUUACUUGGCCACAUUUAAUCUUCAAAAAUCAAGUUCUGGUAAAAAGAGUAAAUUUCUUGUAAUUUACAUAUUAAAUGACACAUCGUUAUCGAAGUUCACUGCCAUACAACAGUAAUAUUAAAAUGAAGCAUUAUAAAAUCGCUAUCGUGAAGACUUCUCUGGAGCAAGCAUGACGUUAUUCACUAUCAUUGCCCUAGUAGUAUUUUCAUUCUCAUCCAUGACUAAUAAUUGAUAACGGUGCGAAGUAAGGCUACGCAUAGGAUUUUUAUCACGAGUAAUUUGUAUGUUGUAAAUUAUGAUUAGUUUGGGAAACAGUUACUAAUUAAGUGGUUCAAUUUAAAUUAAUACACUUAUAAAUCCCAGAGAGGAACAAGAAUUACAUUUAGUGCCAAUCGCUUAAAACUUUAUACCCGUUGAUGGUUUUUUAUUUAGGUAUGGGACAUUUAUAGGAAAACAGUUGAAAUUUUGUGAUGAAAACAUCAUGCUAUUUCUGAAGAAUUUACUCCAGAAAUUAAAGUAUUUUUGAAAAAAAAAAAAAAAAAAACAAUGAACCGACCUCCUCAAUUUCACACCAUCGAUAUUAUAUACAUUUAAACAUAAUUUUGAAUUUGGUGCAAAACAUAAUGUAAUACAUAAAACCAUUUGCAGUCAAUGCUCAAUUACAAUUAAAUUCAAACAGACUCAGGUGAGUCAAUACCACUCGCAUACAUUAUGCCACUGAUGACAGCAUAUUUGUGUAAUAUUAUAAAAAAUUUCAUUUCUAACUUUGAGUAAUUUUUCUGAGAAACAUUAACAAAGUAUGGUUACACAUGAUUUUACUUUUUU